AUGACCAAAUACUCGUUCAUGGCAUUGGGAAUCGCUUGCCUCGCCCUUUUUACAAGCAACUCUCUUCUUGUUCAAGCGGACGAUACCUAUCACUGCGAGUGCAGAAAUCGUGGUUCGACUGACAAAACGAUGGACCUUACUAGAAGUUGCUGUACUGGAAUCACAAGCGGACUCGGCAUUGUUGGUGUUGGCGGUGGCGGACUUGGCACCAUGAAGGAUGGCGAAUGUUACUUCCCUAAGACUGCCGAGGAUGCAAAGGACGACAUCAAUCGUAACAGAUUUUUGAGUUGCUGUGGCGUACCAGACCCAGCAAACGGCGAUGAAGAGAGCGGAAGCUGUGGUGACUAA